AUGGGUAGCAACGGUGGGGCGCGAGGCGGGCGGAGCGGCCGUGACGGGCGCGUUUUGCCCUUCCCUCCGGCGCCUCCGGGCGGCACCGUCGGCUACACGAUGAGCAGCUCGACGCACCGCUGGCCUGAAGAGGAGCCGCCGCUCAAGGAGGCGCCCAACAUCCUGAUUGUCAUGUUUGACGACGCCGGCUUUGGCCAGCCGAGCGCGUUCGGCGGCGGCAUCGCCACGCCGAGUCUCGAGAAGCUCAAGGCGACAGGGAUCAGCUACAACGCGUUCCACACGACGGCGAUGUGCUCGCCGACGCGCGCUUCGCUCCUCACCGGCCGGAACCACCACGCCGUCGGCUCUGGCCAGAUCGCCGAGCUCGCGAACGCAUGGGACGGCUACACGGGCGUGAUACCCAAGACUGCUGCCACUCUGCCAGAGGUUCUCCGCCACUACGGGUAUGCGACCGCGGCGUUUGGCAAAGACCACAACACGCCCGUCGAUUCGCUCGGCUCUGGGCCCUUCGACCGCACGCCGACCGGGCGCGGCUUUGACCACUUUUACGGCUUCAUGGCGGGAGAGACGUCGCAGUACGAGCCGCUGCUGUGGGAGGGGAACGUCCAGAUCCCGACGCCGGCGGCGGUCGAGGGCGGAGGAGCGUACCACUUGACCGAGGACCUCGCCGACAAGGCGAUUGGCUGGAUGCGGCGGACCAAGGCGCUGCACCCGAGCCGCCCCUUCUUCGUCUGGUGGACGCCAGGGGCAGUGCACGGGCCUCACCACGUGAGCGCGCGGUGGGCGGACAGGUACAAGGGCGCCUUCUCGGGCGGGUGGGACGCAUACCAGAAAGAGACAGUGGCGCGGCAGAAGGCGAUGGGGUGGCUGCCGGAGGAGGCGGAGCCGUCGGCAAGGCCAGAGGGGCUGCCGGCGUGGGAGUCGCUGAGCAAACAGGAGAGGGCGUUCCAGGAGCGGCUGAUGGAGGUGUACGCUGGCUUCCUCGAGCACACCGACUACCAGAUGGGCCGCGUGGUGGGGGAGGUGGAGGCCUUGGGCUUGCGCAACGACACGCUCAUCAUCGACAUCUUCUCGGACAACGGCGCGUCGGCCGAGGGCAUGGGCGGCACCGUCGCCGAGCUCAACGCGCAGAACGGCUUCACCUCGACGGUCGACGAGCAGCUCCGCGUGCUUGGCGCCCUGGGCGGCUUGGCGGCGAUCGGCGGCGCAAAGACGGACAACAUGUACCACGCGGCGUGGGCGUGGGCGGGCGGCGCGCCGUUCAGGUUCACCAAGCUCGUGGCGUCGGAUUGGGGCGGGACGCGCACGCCGAUGGUCGUGAGCUGGCCGGGGCGGGUAAUGCCCGACCGCACGCCGCGCCGCCAGUUCCACCACGUCAACGAUGUCGCGCCGACUGUCUACGAGCUGCUCGGCAUCUCUCCACCGGAGGUCGUCGACGGGCACGCGCAAGACCCGAUCGACGGCGUGAGCUUCGUGUACACGUUCGACGACGCCGGCGCGGCCGAGCGGAAGGAGACGCAGUACUUCGACAUCAUGGGUAGCCGCGGAGUGUACCACAAGGGCUGGCUAGCGUCCACCUUCGGGCCGCGUGCCCCGUGGGAGAUGGGGGCGCCAGACCUGGCCACGUGGGACCCGACACAGGAUGCAUGGCAGCUGUACGACACGCGCCUGGACUACUCUCUGGCCAGGGACCUGAGUGGACAGCCGGCGCAUGCGGGCCGGCUCAGCGCGAUGAGGGCGCUGGCGGACGCCGAGUUCCGCGCAAACAAGGUGCUCCCUGUUGGAGGAGGCCUCUACGUCCUCCUCCAUCCGGCAGAAGUCAAGCGGACGUCAAACACGCAGUGGCGGCUCUUCCCGGGCAUGGCUCGCAUC